AUGUAUUUAUUUUUCCUGGUGGCUAGAUCCUGGAAACUGUUUGUAGCGAGCUGUACAUUAUGUAAUCCUUGGCACGACGAGGUUGACCCCCUUGAAAGAUGUCUCGCAGCCUGUUCCUGGUCGGAACACUUUUUCGUUCGUCUGGAUGCACUUUCUACCCUGGCAGGCUUUUUUGUAGGCGAAGGGUUGGUAGCGGGAGGGAUGGAGUAGUCACGAAGAGCUUAUCCCAAAUAUGGACUUGGUUUUGAGAGAUAACGCUGUUGGUUUUAGAUGACUGCGGUCAGAUUCGUGUUUCGUAGUUCAUGAAUUUAUUUGUUUUGAGGAUUAAAACUGAUAUCACACACAUUAAAAAAAAUUUUUAACCUUCAGAAAGAGAGCCAUAAAAGCCUGUAGUAGGAGGAAUCCUCUCAUGGAGCUGUAUAUAAGAAAUUGAAACAGUGGCAGUAAAAGAGCUGGAAAACAUUUAAGUAUCAACAAAUGAAUUCCACACUUGAACUCUGCUGCAUUCCUGUGCCGCCACCUCCUUUAGAAGACUGAUCUUAAAACAGAGAUAAGAGAAGACUAAAGCUAAUAGAAGAUGCUGGGAUCUGACCGUGGUGUUGUGGAAGAAUGGUUAUCAGAAUUCAAGGCAUUACCUGACACUCAGAUCACCAAUUAUGCAGCAACUUUACACCGGAAAAAAACACUUGUACCAGCCCUCUAUAAAGUUAUUCAAGAUUCAGAUAAUGAGCUCCUGGAGCCUGUCUGCCAUCAGCUGUUUGAGCUCUAUCGUAGUUCUGAAGUUCGACUUAAGAGGUUCACACUGCAGUUCUUGCCAGAAUUAAUGUGGGUUUAUUUACGGCUUACAGUUAGCCGAGACAGACAGAGUAAUGGCUGCAUUGAAGCACUUCUCUUAGGAAUUUAUAACUUGGAAAUUGCUGAUAAAGAUGGAAACAAUAAAGUGCUGUCUUUCACUAUUCCUUCCUUAUCCAAGCCUUCAAUAUACCAUGAACCCUCAACAAUUGGAUCCAUGGCUUUGACAGAAGGGGCAUUGUGUCAGCAUGAUCUCAUCAGAGUUGUUUAUAGUGAUCUUCAUCCUCAGAGGGAAACAUUCACUGCACAAAACCGGUUUGAAGUCCUGAGUUUUCUCAUGUUGUGUUAUAAUUCUGCCAUUGUGUAUAUGCCAGCCUCAUCAUACCAGUCUCUUUGUCGAAUGGGCUCCAGGGUUUGUGUGAGUGGGUUUCCACGGCAACAUGAAAAACCCUGGAAGGAAAUCUGUGGUCGAAUAGUAGUGGAUCCUGAAUUUAUGGUGCAACUUCUCACUGGGGUUUAUUAUGCCAUGUAUAAUGGACAGUGGGACCUUGGCCAAGAAGUACUCGAUGACAUUAUUUAUAGAGCGCAAUUAGAACUCUUUUCUCAACCACUAUUGGUUGCCAAUGCCAUGAAAAACUCAUUACCAUUUGAUGCUCCUGAUUCUUCACAAGAAGGCCAGAAAGUACUUAAAGUAGAAGUCACUCCAACAGUACCGAGGAUUUCUCGGACUGCAAUUACAACUGCUUCCAUCCGUCGUCAUAGAUGGAGAAGAGAAGAUGGCUUUGACUUCUCAAACGAGGCUGACUCGAGUAUUCCUGGCUCCCCGAUCCAACACGGCUCCACUGACCUAGGGAUCAAACGUGUGCAAGAGGGGGAGGUGCUGGUGCGCAGGACCCCUGAGCAUGGCUCGCCGGAGCCCAACUCAGCAGCAGCCACAACAGAGGGUGCUGAUGGUGUAAAUGGAGGAGAUGAGUCUGUAAACCUGAAUGAUGCAGAUGAAGGAUUUUCAUCAGGGGCUUCCCUCAGCAGUCAGCCAAUUGGAACCAAACCAUCCUCCUCUUCUCAAAGGGGAAGCUUAAGGAAAGUAGCAGCUGGGCGUUCAGCCAAAGAUAAAGAAAUAGCAUCUACCAUCAAAUCCAAUGAGAGUCCUCGAGAUUCAGUAGUUCACAAGCAGUAUAUACAGCAACCAACUGAUCUUACUGUAGAUUCAGUUGAGCUAACACCGAUGAAGAAACACCUGAGCCUGCCUGCUGGCCAGGUGGUGCCAAAAACCAAUAGCUUAAGUCUAAUACGGACAGCCAGUGCUUCCUCAAGUAAAUCAUUUGACUAUGUAAACGGCAGUCAAGCAAGUACCAGCAUUGGAGUUGGCAAUGAGGGAGUUACUAAUUUAGCUACUAACAAUGCUAAUCGAUAUUCAACUAUCAGUCUCCAGGAAGACCGGCUAGGUCAAGCUGGUGAAGGUAAAGAGCUCCUCAGCCCAGGAGCUCCUUUAACCAAGCAGUCUCGAUCCCCAAGUUUCAAUAUGCAGCUAAUAUCCCAGGUGUAGUUCUGAUGUCCUCUCUUUCUGCUUAACCUUUAAAACUGCACAUUUCAUUGUGCAAGAAGACACUUCAUCCCAUAUUGUGAAAAUAUUGGUCAUCAUAAUCAGAUUUGAUUUAGUUUAGGAUUCUUCAUACUGUAUUUUGUAUGGAAAAAGCAAUAAGGUUUUCUUUUCCCUCUUCCUAUAUCUUCUCUUUACCUAUUCUUUAUAAAUGUGUUUGUGAAACGGUAUAAAACAUUUGCCUUUUCCAUGCCUUCCUUUCUCCUUGGGUGAUGUGCAAUCCAUUGUAGGCUGAUGGGUCCCAUUUCAACACUGUGAGACUGAGGAUAUGUCAGAGGAAAUGGUAUAUAUGAUCCCUAUGAAAUGAUUCUUUGGCUUUCAUUUAAAAACAAAACGGGUUUGUUCACAUAAUAAGAACUAUGAAGACGGUUGGAUCAUAUUUUUUUCUCUCUUAACCAGGAGUGCCUCAGAGAUUCUGCUGUGACUUUGGGCUUCUCUGAGUCUGUGCAAACAUGUUCUUGAGAAGCAUGGGGAAAGAAGGUAGACUGCUGCACUUUUUCAUUAAAAUGAGGGUAGCUUUUUUUUUUCCUCUCCUGUUUUGUUUAUCCCAAGGAUGUAAAUGUUCAAUUACUGAGGCAUUCAAAUCUGUUUGUGAUCACCUUCAUUGGAGGGUGGAACUCUUAAAUUGAUUGUGUAAUUGAUAAUGCACUUUCUCAAUGGCUCUCUAGUCAUUAUUAACAUGUCUUCCCUCUUCCCACAAGGACUUAGGUCAUUCUGUCUUUCAAGUUUGAAGAACAAAUCAGAGAAUCCAAGGGGCAUGUUCUAUUUUCCAGGAAUGAUUGACACUUGGUGCUGGGGUUUUAUGGGGGGAGGGGCAGUUUUUGUUUAGCUUGUGUGGGAUUGUGUGUGAGGGGAUGUUUUGAUUUUUUUUUUCCUUUGUGCGCUGGUGAUGACUGAACUGUAGUACUGUACGUCUUCAGGUAAAGAGAGGGAUUUCUCAAUCCACUUUCUAUGAUGUUAGACUAUUGGAGAAACCCUUUCAGCUGCUUUCUAGAUGUACCUAAAUUCAGUCAAGAUAUUUUGGAUUAAGACAAGUCCUGAUGCAUCAUAUAUACUCCAAGGAAAUACAUCAGGGACAGAUAAUUGGCUGGAAACAUUGACACUUCAAUAUGACACAUUUUUAUAGAACAUUUCUACCAGGGGGUACUGACUUGAUUUCUCUUAUAAGGACCACACUGCCUUUGUGUUAAUGUAAUGCAAUUUGUGUAUCUUCUAGUCAUAUAUUUGCAAAGUUUUUCAUUUUUAUAAAACUCCGGAAUCAUGCCAGUAAGCUAGAUGUUGAAUGUAUGUAAGUAGCAUUUGGUAACUGCUAAGAAGCUAUAAAAGUAUAUUAUUGGUUUAAGAAUUUUUGUUCUGAUUUGGUUAUAACCUCUUCUGGGUCUCAGGCUCUAAUGUUUGAAAAAGAAGGGAUAUAUUGGGGUUUUGAAAAUCAGUAUUGUAACUUGAACUUCUGUAAAUUAUCUUUUCCACAACAUACAUACAUGGGUUAUACAUGUCUUUGUACUUUUAGACAUUUUUACUUUAUUAUUGUGCAAGAAAGAACACUCUGAGUUUAUAGAAAGUAUUCUCCUAAUUAACCAAGUUAAAAUUUUUAUCUCUCUCAAUUAAAAUUACAGUAGAUUUUGAUAACCAGAAGAUGCCUCUUGUUUUUUUCACACCUAAAAUUCCCUUUUUCCUUCCCCACUUUUUUUUUUAAUUAUUAAGAGCAUUUUUAAAAGAAGACCUUAUCUUAGACUCUUCACAAGAAGAAUGAUUACGUUUAAUGGUCUGUAACAUUUUUCAGCUCUUACGAAAAUGGGAAAGCAGAAGCUGAGCUAGUAUCCACUUUGCCAAAGUCCAAGCUAAAGCUAAAAGUUGCUAGGUGACUUUAGUGAUUUGUGUGUGUGUGUGUGUUUGUGCACGGAUGCCAUGUGUGUCAAUGAUCACAAAGGCAUAUUAUAGAUAUCCCUUCUUUUCAUUUUAACUAGGGAUGUCAAGUAAAUGAAAAGAUUUUUUAAGAAUACAGCCAGAAUACAUGAAGUAAAUGUUUAUAACAUACUAAAGAGGACAGAGUCUCAAGUAUGUAAUGAAAGUAACAUCAUUCUUUCAGUGAGUGAAAUCUCCACUACAGCUGGAGGUCAUUCACUUUAUGGUAGAAAUAGCUGUCUUUAUAGGAGCUAAUGGACUGUUUUAACUUAAACAGGUUGUACAUGUACUGGCAUCUGAAUCGAGCAGAUUUUAAAGCACAAAGAAAA